GGGAAGAGAGAGGGCCGCUGAAAGGCAGAAAGGGGCCGGACAGAGCAGGCACCGUGGGCCUAGCUGGGCUUCUGAGCCCCGUGAACUGCCCAAUGCAGUGCCCUGCGCCUGGGGACAUCGCAGAGCGAAUCCAGCAUUUGCAGAAGGUCUGUGCCGUUCCAGGUACUUGUGGAACUUUUCCAGCCUGCACUGUGUGCCUGGGAAGGAAGAGCAGCCCCCACCACGCUGGGAACUGCCUGGCUGUGGUGUGCCUCACCUUGGUGAGCUUGCAGACAUCACAGGGACACCAGACCUUUCCCACUCCUCUCCAGCCCCACGACCUUGAACCAGUGCUCUCUCUUUGAGGGCUGGGGCUUCCGGGAGCCUGGACACGGAUAGCCAGUGGUUCCUGCAGAGGACAAGCCUGAGGGCCAGAGAAGUGCCUUGCCCAAGGUCACUCGGCUAAAUAGCACAGCACCUGGGCCUAGAGACCCGUCCUCCCAAAACGCUCCGCGAAGGCCACUGUUCCCGGGAGGCGGUCGCCCCCGACCCUCUGAAGCCCCGCUUGAAGGGACUCUUAUCUACCUUUCAGGAUCGUUCUUCAGACUACUCGUUGCCAACCCCCUCCCAAACCUGGAGUUUGCGUUUAAGAAAAGGCAACGGAGACCCCUAAUAAAGUCACACACUGGGUAUUUUGAAGCUCCACUUGAAAGAAAAUGCAAGGUUAGUCGGUUCCUCCCCGCGUCCCCCCUUCCUGUGCCGGAGAAUUUGAGGACAUUAAAGAAGGCUGGUGGCUUCACUCGGGGUUUAAAGGGUGGAGGGCCCGCCCCCUGGUGCGGCAGCGAAGACAGAUGCGGAGCCACCUGUCAGAGGGCUGUGGGCGGGGGCCAGGGCGGCGAGGGCCGCGGGACCCGGGCUGCACGUCCGCGAGCGCAGGCUCAGAGCAGACGCUCGCCGGCUGCAGGAUGGGAUAGUGUAGGACCCUGGGAAGGAAAGGGGGUCACGCAGGCGGGGCAGAGCCACGCGAGGUGCAGAGCCCUGGAGGUGACAGCAAGGAGAGGACGCAACGGCGAAGGGCCACCGAGGCGUCCGGGGCGGGCUGGCCCUGCGGGGCGGAGAUGCCAUGUCCCGCGAGCGGCCGCCCCGCACCGACAUUCCCCGCAACCUGAGCUUCAUUGCUGCGCUGACAGAGCGAGCCUAUUACCGCAGUCAACGGCCCAGCCUCGAGGAGGAGCCCGUGGAAGAGCAGGGCGAGAGCGGGACGCGGCUCGGGGCCCGAUCCCGCGCUCACGCUCCAAGCCGGGGCCGCCGGGCCCGUUCGGCGCCCGCCGGAGGAGGCGGGGUCCGGGUACCCCGCAGCUGUAGCCCCGACACCCGCAAGAGAGUGCGCUUUGCCGACGCGCUGGGGCUGGAGCUGGCUGCAGUGCGCCGCUUCCGCCCAGGAGAGCUGCCCCGGGUGCCCCGCCACGUGCAGGUCCAGCUGCAGAGGGACGCCCUCCGCCACUUCGCGCCGUGCCAGCCCCGCGCCCGCGGCCUCCAGGAGGCGCGCGCGGCCCUGGAUCCGGCCAGCGAGCCCGGCUUCGCCGCCCGCUUGCAGGCGCAACGCAUCUGCCUGGAACGCGCCGAGGCGGGCCCGCUGGGCGUGGCCGGGAGCGCGCGCGUGCUGGACCUGGCCUACGAGAAGCGCGUGAGCGUGCGCUGGAGCGCCGACGGCUGGCGGAGCCAACGGGAGGCGCCCGCCGCCUACGCCGGCCCGGCCCCGCCCCCGCCGCGCGCGGACCGCUUCGCCUUCCGGCUCCCCGCGCCGCCCAUUGGGGGCGCCCUGCUCUUCGCCCUGCGCUACCGAGUCACGGGUCUCGAGUUCUGGGACAACAACGGCGGCCGGGACUAUGCUUUGCGGGGGCCUGAGCACCCGGGAAGUGGCGGAACCCCAGAGCCUCAGGGCUGGAUCCACUUUAUCUGAUAGCGACAAGGAGCCUGCGGCCGACGGCAGAGAAAACCUAAGACUUGCAGCCGGGGUGCACUGAGACUUUCCAGGAGGUGCAGCUAUGUUGGGGAAAAUGAUGCUUGGGAGCCCCAAAGAUGAAAGGAAACAGUGUUGGGGCCUCUCUUAAGGAUAAAAAAUUAUGGUUGUAUAAGGAAUGGAAAUCAUCAAAUCAAGAAUCAGAGCAACUUGAAAAUUCAGUGGCACCAGAAGAUGGCAGUCUGCUCCACACUCCCCACCAAGGGAAUGGGAAAGCUGUGUUGUUUUUGCUGUUUCUUUUUUUGUUUGUUUGUUUUAAAUCCAUUCCCAUCCAUGCCUUAAUUCUCUCCUCCUGGUUAACCUUAACAGGGGAGUCCUUCAUUUGCUGGUUGCUGGUUUUCCUUUCUCUUACUCUCUUCUUAACCUCUACUUUUGUCCACCUUGCAUUGUUCUACCUUGCCAUCACUUUUUUUUCUUUUAACAAAAAUGGUAUUUCCUGUUUACCUUCGUUUUCUUUAUUUCCGUUUGCCUGCUCUUCAUCCUUGUUGAUCUCUGCUAUUCCUUCUCCCUCCAGAAGGGGUGGGGAACCUACUUCCUUUUCUCCGAGACCAUGGUUGAGCCACCUUCCUUCCUCAGGCUCCUUCUUGCCGGUCUUCUAGAAGGGAGAAGAGGGAAGAGAAGCAGUUGCUGAUGCUAGUGAUGAACAAGGAAUGCCCAGGACAUGAACACCGAGAUGUCUCCAAGCCCCGGGCUUUUGCUCACCUUGGGUUGAACUGGUACAGCCGGGUCCCAAACCCCAGCAUCUGCACGUCGACCAAGAUGAGGCAGUUCACCUUGCCCUUCCUGCACUGCUGUUUCCACAACUUCCCCACGUUACAGCCUCAGUAGGCAAAGCAGAGAGCCUGUAGACAGGCGCAGCCAGUGGUUUCUCCCAGCUGGUUCGGCCUGACCUGACACGGGAAAUGCUAGAGGUGUAGAGAUCCUGUUAAGUGUUAUCGUUAUGCAUUAGGCAUCAUGGUGGAGACCUUCCUCUAAAGGCCGGUGACUAUAAACGUGAGCAAUUUUGGGUAUAACAUGUUGGCCGUGGUCUGGAAAGUGCCAUAAGAGAAAGCGUUACCAUGGGCAAGGACUGGGCUCCUUGAGGCAACCCAGCAGGAACAUGGUCACCCUUUGCUCCCAUCCAGGCCCCAGAUGUCUUCCUAUUCCUUCCUGUCCUAUAGCCUGCCUCCUCUGCCUCUUCCCGUUUAUGAAUGUAGCACAUCGUUUCUCUUCGUUACAACCCCGAAUGCUCAGUUUUCCAAUCUGGACUUCAGUGCCUUCUAAUUCCUGGGUUUCUCUGGAGAUCCUCUGGACCCUCACAGUUUGCAUGGCAUGGAGUCAGAGACCGGGAAAGGCUUGUCAUUAGGAAUUACCUGGGCCAGGCUCUGGUGCAGAGUGAAGACACAGGUGCAGGGGUGAGAAGCGACUCCAGCAGCAUCAAAACAUUUUAGUGCAGCUCAAGAUGGGCUCAAACCCAGGCUUCCUGAUCACAUCCAUCCCCAGGCUGAGCGGUCCCUGUACAGUCGGGCUCAAGCCUUCUCAUGACAAAGGAUAACAUCAGACUCUUGGCACUACUGGAGAUGCUGCUGAAGAGCAAUGGCCUUGCUAAAAAGACUGAGCAGCCCACCCACUGAGUAGCUGCCCCGGGAAGCGCUGCGUGAACCAUGGAAAACCACUUCUCACCAGGUGCUUCCAGAGCCUCCCCAGCUCCUUCACAGGGCAGCGCUGUGCCCUGGGCCCCAGACCACUGCUACUAUUGUGUGUCACUUGAGCUUCCUCAUGCAGCUGCCCUCCCUUCUGGAUAUUCAACCUUAUAUUUGAAAUAAAGUUGAAAUAUGAAAACAAAGUACAUCAUAAAA